AGAGAGAGAGAGCGAAAGAGAGAGAGAGAGAGAAAGCGAGCGAGAGAGAGAAAGAAAGAGAGAGGGAGAGAGAUAAAGAGAGCGAAAGAGAGCGCGCGAGAGAGAGAGUGCAUGAGAUAGAGAGUGAGAGAGAGCGAAAGAAAGCGCGCGCGAGAGAGAGCGCAUGAGAUAGAGAGCGAGAGAGAGGAGAGAGGGAGAGAGACCCUCGGGCCCUUCUUGCUCGCCCGUGAAUUCUUUUGGAUAUUGAGAUACAUGAAGUUGUUGUGUUCAGUAAUUUCUAAAUGAUGAGUGCAAGGGGCAUUUGUAUUGUUAGCAAAGUGAUUUUUUUUUUCUGUGACAUAUUUGCACUGAAAUUGUAUCUUCCCUUUUGGUCCCCAGAUAUAGCGCGAUGACCGUUCCUGGCACGCCCGGGGGCGUCAAGGGAGCGGCGACUGGUGAGCCCACAGGAGCGGCGACUGGAGAGCCCACAGGAGCGGCGACUGGAGAGCCCACAGGAGCGGCGACUGGAGAGCCCACAGGAGCGGCGACUGGAGAGCCCACAGGAGCGGCGACUGGAGAGCCCACAGGAGCGGCGGCGGCUGAAGAGCCCACAGGAGCGGCGACUGGAGAGCCCGCAGGAGCGGCGGCUGGAGAGCCCACAGGAGCGGCGGCUGAAGAGCCCACAGGAGUGGCGACUGGAGAGCCCACAGGAGCGGCGGCGGCUGAAGAGCCCACAGGAGCGGCGACUGGAGAGCCCGCAGGAGCGGCGACUGGAGAGCCCACAGGAGCGGCGACUGGAGAGCCCACAGGAACGGCGACUGGAGAGCCCACAGGAGCGGCGACUGGAGAGCCCACAGGAGCGGCGGUGGCUGAAGAGCCCACAGGAGCGGCGACUGGAGAGCCCACAGGAGCGACGACUGAAGAGCCCACAGGAGCGGUCUCGUCGUCGAACGGCGCAUCGGACGAUUUCCAGGGCCAGACGCCUCCUCCAGAGUCUUCGCUUCACUCUGACGUUGUGGUGAACGGAAUUGCAGAUGGAAAGGGAUUACCCUGCCGCAGCCAAGCCGAAGGAACCGAGGCCGAAGAUUCAUCGCUGCCCCUGCUGGCGCCGUUGAUGGUAGCGGCGCGGACGGAGAGUGGACAUGCGCUGCCCCCGACCACGCCCCCGACCACGCCCCCGGCAACACCCCCAGCGAAACCUCCAAGAGUCCCCGAAGUUAAUACUGACAUUGUUCUUCCACCGAACGCUCCUCAGGAAAUUCCUCCGGAUGCUGGUUGCGCUGAGGAACGCGAAGGAACGACAGCUUCACCGUCAGGCGAAUCGGCAGACCAAUCUAAAUGUGGCUUAGGUACUGAGGAAACAACGCCCGAUUCCCUUAAGCAUGCAAGUCUGAAUGAAGAAGCAGGGAGUUCCCGAUGCAUUGAUGUUACUUCCAAUGAAGCACCUUUGACCGUGCUUCAUGCCCCUAACCUCUCCGUUGAUGAAAGUGCGAGUGAACCCAGCAUAGACUCCGCUUCCUUUCCUAGUGGAGCCUGUAAGUUAGACGAUCCUCAGCUGCCUGAAGUAUCCGCCCCUUGUGACGACACGAACGACAGUAACCUGUUGCCCUCACCACUGAGUACCUCCUCCCACAGUCUUGGAAGCUACCGAUCGUUACCCCGGCCUUCCCCUGCCCGCCGAUCCUCCCGAGUGGGCAGCGUCAACCUAGCGCAGCCCUCGUCAAUGAGCAACUCCUACGACGGCAGCGAAAGGACAAUGGAGGAGAAAGGGGCGACCGCCCACUCUAGUCACGCUUCCUCCACCGUAGGAGGUUCGCUCCCUUCCUCCCCCUCAAUACCCCGCCGCACCCGCCGCGCCCACCCCGUCCCCGCCGCCCGCUCCCUGCAGACGCUUUCCUCCAGUCCUGCAAAACUGACUGUGGCCGCGGAAAGGGGAGCGGUAAGCAACGUGGCCAGCUACAGAAAGGUGUCGCUCCCCGCCAAGCUCAACGAGCCGGCCAGGGAGGCGCCGGUACCAAAACCGCGCAAAGUGUCCUUGAACCCCUUUGACAGCGACGAAGACAACGAGGAGGAAAGGCGAAGGCAGAGCGCGCCGAGAGAGGCGCCGGUGCCGCUGCCUCGCAAGAAGGUGUCCAUGAACCCCUUCGAGAGCGACGACGACGACGACGAGGACAAUCAUGAAAUAUCCGGUUCGUCGAAGAAAAUCAAGGCAAUCGAGGCGCCCAAACCAGCAGGAACGAAUCCUUUCGACGAAGACGAAGAGGAGGAGGAGGCGUCCAUAUGGAAAGUGAAUCCAGCCACAGGAGAGCUAGAAUUCAAGCCAACUUUGUCCUCUUCCCCAGCAACUAAUUCUCGAUCUUCCAGUCAGUCUUCCAUCACACUCCAGCGGUUUAACGACUCGAUAGCGUCUCUGAACGCGCAGCUCGCUAGAUCGCCACAUGAACCUGUAUCAACGAAUCCCUUCGACGAAGAUGAGGACGACGAAUUCAAUGACACAGGCUUGUCGAGAGACUCAACGCGGAUGUCUCUGUCCAUAGGGGGAUCGUCGCCCUUGCAACGGGACGGCGUGCGCUGCUCCCUCCCGCCCUCGACGCGGAACAGAGUCAGCAGGAAGAAGAGGCCAGCGCCCCUACCCCCGGGCCAGCGGCCCCCGAUCCCCAGCGCGGCGCCCCUCGAGCCCCAGUGCGACCACGACGUAAUCCCGCCGGGCGGUUCGACAGGAACGCCCCUCCAGGGCUCGCCAAGAAGGGUCUCGACAGGCUCCCUGCACAACCUCUCCGUCUCCCCCAGGAUGCAGUCGUCGCGGAAGCCUCCCCCGCCACGCCCACCUCCGCCCAAACUGAGAAGUUCAAGCCAGACUAGAAAUUAGUGCACAGUUAACACAGCGUAAUUACUGACAGAACAGGAAUAAAUCUGUUUUGCACGAGGCAGUGCCAUUUCACUGACCACUCAACAACAGUGUCCCUUCGGAUCAUCCAUUUAUGUGAUAAAUUUGUCAACUUCAUAAACCCAGAAGCUUUAAUAAGAUAUGUUUAAAAUGAAAUCAGACAAAAAGACACAAUCAAAAAUUAUACUAUUUCUAUUUUCUAGAUUAAUAUACCAAAGUAAAGACCUGUUUUUUUCAUUUUGAUAAACUAUGAUGCACAUAUUUAUAGAAUAUAUAACAUCAUAGAUAAUCUGUUUAAUUUACUUUACCUUUACUGCAUUUCAUGCUUAACAGUGCCAGUGAUAUUAAUCUUGCUUUGCGUGCGAGUUCUUUUUUAAUUAUUUAUGUUACGUCACGUGGAGUAUACGGGAAUUUUAUACAGUAUGCCAGGUCUUAUUUGUUACAUUAUUCUAUUUUCCAAAAUGAAGGUGCUAAUUCAGUAAUCUUAAUCUUAAAAGUAGUGAGAAUUGUUAUCUCUAUAGACAAUCAUGCAUCUCACAUUGCUUAGUAAUGUAAUCAUGAUUCAGAUGGUAGAUAUUUAUAGUUGAAGAAUAAACAAG